AUGGCCGACACAUCCUCAGCACCCAAACCUAGCAGCAGUGUCAAGCUUGUACUGCUGGGAGAAGCAGCCGUUGGAAAGUCAUCUCUAGUGCUGCGGUUUGUUAAUAAUGACUUCCAAGAGAAUAAGGAGCCUACUAUUGGCGCCGCCUUCCUGACCCAGAAAAUCUCCCUCCCCAACCGAAUCAUCAAGUUCGAAAUAUGGGAUACUGCCGGUCAAGAGCGAUUCGCUUCACUGGCACCCAUGUACUAUCGCAAUGCUCAAGCCGCCCUCGUCGUGUAUGACCUGACCAAGCCGACCUCCUUGACAAAGGCCAAGCACUGGGUUGCAGAACUCCAGAGACAGGCUUCACCAGGUAUUGUCAUUGCGUUGGUCGGUAACAAGUUGGACCUGUGCGCUGAAUCUUCCGGCGAUGGCCCUGAGGCUACUGAAUCUACUGUAGAAAAUCAAGAGGGUGAACCUGGGGAAGCCGAACCUACGGAUGACGGGGACGCACGGAAAAUCUCAACACGAGAAGCCAAGUCAUACGCCGAGGAGGAGAGCUUACUUUUCUUCGAGACAUCGGCGAAGACCGGCGCCAACGUUGCGGAUGUAUUCUCGGCCAUUGCCAACGCGAUUCCGGAAACUUCAUUGAAGGGAACUAGAGGAGCCAGUGGUGGUGGGACACAGGCGGCAUUGUCAGGAGCGGCGAAUCGCGCGGAGGAAGCAAGGGUGAACCUUGCCGACCGCGCGAAGCAAAAAAGUGAUAACUGUGCUUGUUGA